CACCGGUCACUCAGAGUUUAUUGAUUCAUUGAUCCAGUGAUGGAGCUGAUUGUGAAGCUCGUGAGCGGAGAGUGGCGCAGCGUGAGCGUGAAGGCGAACGCCACGGUGGACGAGCUGAAACGUGCGGUCGCGCGGAGUUUCAGUGUGGCCCCCUCACGUGUGCAACUCUCCACGGGCAACGGGCUGCAGGCGAGGCUGGAGAACGAGCUCACUCCACUGAGCAGCUUCGGCCUCAGCUCGGGCUCCACCGUCAUGCUGCUGCUUCUCAGGCAACUCCAGGUGUUUGUCAAAAACCACGAGAACCAGACGACAACCUACGACGUGACUGAGGAGGAGACGGUCGACGAGCUUCUGAGGAAGAUCUACAACAAGGAGAAAAUCCCAGCAGACCAGCAGAGGCUGAUCUUCAACGGCAAACAGCUCGAAGCCGGGAGGAAGCUGAAGGAGUACGACGUUGUGGACGGAAGCACCAUUUACCUGGUCCUCCGUCUGCGAGGAGGCUAAACAGAACAGGCCUGGCGUCCUUUACAACACUAUUGUUAACACGCCCCCCUCAACCUGUCUCACUAUUUUAAGUUCUGUUCCAUUACUUUAUUAGGAAAAGUCAAGUUUAGUAAAGUAGGGUGAGGGAUCGAGCUUCCGCAUUAGAACUGACACGUUUCCCGUUUCAAACCUGAGAAUAACGGCAAACACAGCUGUUUAUUUGGCAUAGCAAUAAAACAUUUUUACAAUCUUUAACAUUUUAAACCCAUAAAGUUCGAUUUGCUGGGCUUCAGGUUGUGAACUACUGCAUCUGUAACACGUGACGGCUAAUACAACUUCAUAACUAGCCUAGCUAAAGGCUAAAGGCAGGAAACUAUGCCUGGUGGUUGGUUAGUGUAGUGGUUAACACCUCUGCCUUCUACUAUGUAGACUGGGGUUCAAUUCCAGAGCAAGCGCCCUACACUAUACCAAUAAAGGUCCUUGGGCAAGACUCCUAAUACCACCUUCGCCUACCUGUGUAAAAUGAUCAAAUUGUAAGUUGCUCUGGAUAAGAGCGUCAGCCAAAUGCCGUAAAUGUAACUAUGGUUUUAAACCAACGCUUAUAGACAGACAAGCAGUUAAUCACAAAACACAUGUAGGUUAUAUUCAAACUUCUCAAACACACAUUAAUAUUUAAAAGGUUGCAACUUUAGCCAGUUAGCAUUCAGUUUACUGCAAUACUACUUCAUUAAUCUGCUAGUUAGCAAGCUGAAACCUACAAACAACAAAAAUAAAGGUGAGACACCACAAUUUGAAGCCAGAGCUUACAGCCAAACCAGUAGUUAUUUCACACAAUGUUUGUUGGUCGUGUUCACACUUCUCAGAAAACACAUUAGCGUUACAAAUUUUGCAGUGUUAGCCGGUUAGCAUUCAAUCUGCUAUGGCGAAACUUCGUUAAUCUACUAGCUUGAUAGUUAGCCAGCUGAAACCUAUAAGCAGAGCAGCUGUUCACUAAAUUCGUGUAGGCUGCGUUCAAACGUCUCAAAAUAACGAUAGCAUUACAGAGUUUAUAUGGUUAGCUGAAUAGCCCACUGCUAGCAUAGCUGGGGUUGUUCUAACAGAAAUGAUCCCUUUCCGCCACAAGUGUCCACUUGAAUAGCGCCGAUGGACACUUCCGAGUGGUCAAAGUUGGCACGUUGAUAAAUAAAGUGCUGAAAGGAACCGCAUUUCACAGAGCUGCAUUUCUCCUGUUAGCCACAGAACUCAUUUACAUUGAUAUAGACUCCAUUCGCCUGGAGCUAAGGCCUCGACGGCUUUGACAGUUUCUUGUUACUUGUUUUGUCUGUUGGAUUGAUAUUAAAAAUGAAAACUUUUAAAAAUGAACACUUUCAACACUUUUUCUCUUUUGUUAAUGUAUAAAAUAAAUAAAAAUGACUGUAUUUAUGAUAUUUAAUAUUUAAAAAAUGGGGAUAAUUUGUAAAAGAACCUGCUUUUUGUUAUCGUCGGCGACAUCUGCAACUGAAGUCAAAACUCAGGCCUGUCCAAUAGGAGGAGAGGCCACCGAUAUUCUUCAAUCCCAUUGGACAGCCCUCACUUUUGGUUUAAGUUAUCCAGUUUAAAUCCUACUUUGGGAAAUCUUUUCCA